AUGUUCGCCGCGAGGAUCCUCGUGUGGUUAUUACCGACUUGCACGCUAGCCUUGCGUACUAGUACGUUUUCUGGAACAAUGGUUGAUUUCACAGACCCUAAGGUUCAAGGACAUUUAGAUGCACUAGUACGAAUGGCACAAGCUUGUGUAAUAAAAGUCAGGGCAUCACCUAAAGAUGUGAGAGCGUAUUUCACCAACUCACCUCCGAUCACCAGAUCUGGACAAUGCUUCGCUGCCUGCAUGCUUGAACAAAGUGACAUUAUUAACCAUGGCAAGAUAAAUCGAGACCUAUUGAUUCAUCUCGCUGGUCUUGUGAACGGGAAGAACUCUCGUGUUGUAAGAAAGCUUCACAGCAUAUCACGUCUCUGCCUUGACAGUAUUGACGGCAUGUCUGACAGAUGUCAAUUGGCGUCAACGUAUAAUGACUGUUUGAAUGAAAAUAUGACAGAGUUCGCGUUUCCAUUGGACAUUGCUGAAGAGGCAGUAAGGAAAAUGCCAUUCCAUCUUAUACAACCCAACUUACCGCAAGAGUUACGUCAAUCAUCAUUUUAA